AUGGGGACUGCGACAUCUGUCUUCUGUAAAAACUGUGAAGAAAAUCUGAUUUUAACAGAUGAGGUAUCAACAGAAAACGGUUUAGUUCAGGGUUUUAAGUUGAAUAUUUCGGAUGAAAGAAGUGCAAAUGUAUUUCUGAGUAUACCUUAUGCCAAGCCACCACUUGAUGAUUUACGAUUGAAGAAUCCCGAGCCAUGCGAGAGUUGGGCCGGUGUUCGUAAAUGUACCCGAUUCGUUGCUCGGGCAGUCCAAACGAACCAUUAUUGGGAAGAUUUAAUUAUAAAUGUUCCGAAGAGUGAAGAUUGUCUCUACCUCAAUGUAUUUUCUCCAAGUCUCAAGCAUGAUGCAUUUCCGAAUGGCUACCCUGUUCUGGUUUUCUUACACGGGGGAGGUUUCGCUCAUGGCUCAUCAGCCAAAUUUGCUCCGACCUCCAUAACGAAAUUCAUAUGUCGUUAUGACGUGGUAGUUGUGACCAUUGAAUAUCGUCUGGGAUUGUUAGGUUUUUUCUACGAUGGUUUGGAGUUGCUAGGAAAUUAUGGUUUAUGGGAUCUGACGAUGGCUCUGAAAUGGAUUAAUAAAAAUAUAGACAAUUUCUCUGGGGAUUCUACCAAAGUAACUCUCUUCGGUCACGGUAGUGGAGCUGCUUCUGCUGAUCUGUUAUCCAUCAGUCCGCAUUCCCGAGAUUUGUUCCAGCAGUUAUGUCUUCUUGGUGGUACGGCUGAGAACAAGUUUUCUCUUCCACAUAGACAACGAGUUAAAGACUACUGUAGAAUAUUUGCAGAAAGGAAAGGAUUCAUUAAAGUGGAUGAUAUUUUCAAUUUCACGGAUGACAGCUUACUGGAAUUCUUGCAGAAUUGCCAAGCUCAUAAUUUUAUGAGCGAGAAGAACUUACACCAAAUGAAGUCAGAUGAAGUUGGUCUCAAGAUUGGACCUGUUGUAGGUUUUACUUCAGAGGAGUUUUUGCCAAAACCCAUAUCGGAAUUACGAAAAGAAGCUCCAAACAGGAGAGUUAUUGUGGGGGCGAGCGCUCAAGAAGGAUUGUUGUUCGCUUUAUUUGGAAGAACAAGAUUUAAUGAAAAAGGAAUUGACAAAAUUCUCACACGCGUAAUUCCAAACAACGUAUUCUUGGAAGCCGACGACAUUCGGACAAUGGCAAAAGAAUUGUACUUGAAAGAAGAUGAAGAAUUCAGUCGGGCCGAAGAAUCACAAGCAUACAUCGAGUUAUACAGCGAUGUCCUGAUUAACAAUGCAAUUUAUGAAUUUACGGAGAAAAUGAUUAUGCUGGACAACAAGGUUUAUAUUUAUUCCUUCGAUUACUUCAAUCCCCAUAGUCUGGGCUUGAUGUCAUUACGAACUUCAAUUCGAGCUGCCACAUAUGGAGCUGAAUUAGAUUUCACUUUUGGCAGUCCUACGUUUAUGAAUUAUAAAUUCACAACAGAAGAUCAGCAAAUGGUGGAUCUUGUGACACGCAUGUGGACCAAUUUUGUGAAAUUUGGAAAUCCCAAUGGACCCUAUGAUGACUCGACUAUUUUCAACUUUCAAUGGGAGCCCGCAGAUAGUCACGAACCUCAUAGAUUCUUGUCAAUAUCCAAUAACUGUUGCAUGAAAAGCGAAAAUCAUGAAGAGCGUGGACGCUUCUGGAUUAAUAUCCGUAAUAACAAGAGUUUCAUGUAA